AUGAGUAAGGCAUCCAAAAUACCGAACAAUCCACAGCUGUUUCCUGGAGUAGAAGACAAAACACAAGAAGCAUUAGGAACUUUUGUUGAAUUAACAAAAUGCACGUACCAGGACAAAUCACUAGGUAAUUCACAUAAUGAAUUCAUGGAAUGUGACUGUUUUGAAAAUUUGACUAUUGACAAAGAUGGAAAUAUUAUAAAUGGUGCAUGUGACGAAGAUUCUGAUUGUAUCAAUAGACUGACAUUAAUUGAGUGUGUAGAUGGUUUAUGCGACUCUACUUGUGGAAAAGAAUGUCAAAACCAAAGAUUCCAAAGAAGACAGUAUGCAAAUAUUAUGGUAUUUCAAACUGAAAAAAAAGGUUAUGGUGUUUUGGCUCAGGAAGAUAUUGACCCAAACCAAUUUAUUUACGAAUAUAUCGGGGAAGUGAUCAAUGAGGAAGAGUUUAGAGACAGAAUGAUACUCUAUGAUAAACAGAGAAUAAAACAUUUUUAUUUUAUGAUGUUACAAAAUGGACAAUUUAUAGAUGCUACUAAAAAAGGUUGUCUAGCAAGAUUUUGUAAUCAUUCAUGUAAUCCUAACGCCUAUGUAAAUAAAUGGGUAGUUAAUGGGAAGUUAAAAAUGGGUAUCUUUGCCAAAAGGAAAAUCUUCAAAGAUGAAGAAAUUACUUUUGAUUAUAAUGUCGAUAGGUAUGGAGCUGCAGCUCAAAAAUGUUAUUGUGGAGAACCAAACUGUAUUGGAUUUCUUGGUGGUAAGACCCAAACUGAUGCCGCAUCGUUAUUACCUCAAAGUUUCUCAGAUGCACUUGGCAUAUCUCCUUCAAUAGAGAAGAAAUGGCUAAAGAUGAAAAGGGCGAAUGGUGAAAUAAUAACAAAAAAUAAUGAAGAAAAUAUAAAUGAAGAAUUUGUUAAUUCUUUAGAGAUCAUACCAUGUAAGAAUUCAUCGGAUAUAACUAAAGUUAUGAGUGUAUUAUUACAGAUCGAAAAUAAAAUGAUUGCAUUAAAAAUAUUUCAACGUCUGUUUCCUAUCAUAGAUGAAUCUUUAUUGUAUCAAGUAAUUAAGUUUCAUGGAUAUAAAUGCUUUAACAACUUAUUAAAUAUUUUCAAAGAUGAGGAAUCAGUUAUCAGUGAUAUUCUAAAUUUUCUAUCUAAAUUACCAAAAACUACUAAAAAUGGGAUUGUAGUAUCACAAUUGGACACAAAACUUAAACAAAUAAUACAUGUGUUCCCCAAUUUAAAACAUCAAUGUGAUCAACUUUUAGAAAAAUGGGAAUCGUAUGAAGAGUAUACAAGAAUCACCAAAAGAAAUAUUAAUGAGCUGUCUGAUAUGUCGAGAAGUCUCUCUACAUUAAAUGAUUUACGAAAAGUUAGAUUACCACCAGAAUGGGAAAUAAUACAAGUGAAUGGACGUCCUUUCUAUUACAACGCCCAAAAUAAUAUUAAACUGGACAAGCCACCCAAUAUUUUGCAAUUUAAUAAUAAUAGAAAUAAUGUUAACCAAAGAUCUGGAGAGAAUUUUGACAAUAAUCAGUUUCAACACAAGAACAAAAAUCAUCUGAAUCCAGGUUUGGAUAAAUUAUUUAUGUCAAAUAGGAAAAGCAUGAAAAGACACAAUCCACAUCAAGAUCGUGAUAAAUAUGGUUUCAAUAAAAAAUCCAGAUAUUCAUCCGAAGAACCAGAUAUUGUAGAGAAACGAAAGGAUGAAGAAGUGAAAAUGUUAAAAGCCAAGUUAGAAGCAGAGACAGCUAAAAGACUUGAAUUAGAUAAGAUUAUUCAAGAAGCUAACAGACAAAAGGAAAUAGAAAGAAAAGAAAAAGAAAGACUUCAAAAAUCAUUGAAAGAAAAACAUAUGUUACAAAAAAAACUUUCUAAUGCUUCACACAUUGAACAUAAAUGGAAUAAAUUCUUUGCGUCAUUUGUUCCUAAUAUGUUAAGAAAAUAUAAAACAGAAAUCCCUUUAAGUCAUGAAAACAUAAAAGAAUGUGCCCGUGAAAUAACAAAAAUCUUAUCAUCUAAAGAAAUGAAAAAAAACUCUAAAUCAAUACCACCAAGCAAACCUUCUAAAGAAAAGUAUACAAAAGUCCAAAAUUUUGUUAAUAUAUACAUGGAAAAAUUUAUUCAUAAAUACAAACAAAACAAAGGUCAUGAUAAAUCAGUUACACCUUCUGCAUUUUCAUAA